CGGGCGCUGGCCGGCGCACUGCGGUCCGUGCGGCCGCCGCUCUGGGCAGCUGCUGCCGUGACCCGGGAGAGCGCCCGGGGCGGCUCCGCCCGCGCAGGGCUUCGCUGGGAGACUCGAGGCUGAGCCCGGCGCACCCGCGGAGUCGCGCAGGGCUGGGCCCGGCCGCGGCACAGAAAGUUUUUUUUGUGAAGAAAUGGCCUCCAGCAUUGGAAAUGAAAAGAGUGUGAAUCCUGUGCUGAGAAUAAGUCAACUUGAUGCUCUUGAACUAAACAAAGCCCUGGAACAACUAGUGUGGUCUCAGUUUACCAGCUGUUUUCAUGGAUUUAAACCAGGGGUGUUGGCUCAUUUUGAACCAGAAGUAAAAGCAUUUUUAGGUCUUAUAUUAUGGAAAUUCACUAUCUAUUCCAAGAACGCAACUGUGGGACAAGCUAUUCUCGAUAUUCAAUACAAGAAUAACUUAUCUCAGACAGAGAAAUACCAGCCUCUGAGCAAACACCAGAAGUUAUGGUAUCUUAUUUUCACUGUUGGUGGAAGAUGGUUGGAAGAAAGAUGUUAUGAUUUAUUUAGCAAUCGUCAACAGCAAUCUUUCUGCAAAAUUAAGAGCUAUAUUAGUUUUGGAUCUGGACUUCUUAAGCUUUGUGGACUUCUAAAUUUUCUGAUUUUUCUUCGGAAAGGAACAUUUGCAACACUUACAGAACGCAUUCUAGGAAUUAGGUCAGUUUUUUGUAAGCCGCAAAAUGUUCGUCAGAUAGGAUUUGAGUACAUGAACAGGGAGCUCUUAUGGCAUGGCUUUGCUGAAUUUUUGAUAUAUCUGCUACCACUCAUUAAUGUACAGAAACUGAAACUUAAAUUUUCGUCUUGGUUCUUGCCCAUCACAGGUCUUUCCAAUAGUGAAAACACAUUAGCGGCUCACUGCAGGGAAUGUUCAUUGUGUGGGGAAUGGCCUACCAUGCCACAUACCAUAGGCUGUCCACAUGUUUUUUGUUACUACUGUAUUAAAAGUAACUUUUUAUUUGAUAUGUAUUUUACAUGUCCUAAAUGUGGCUCAGAGGUACACAGUCUUCAGCCAUUGAAGUAUAAAAUUGAAAUGACCGACUUGCAUGUCUGAUAUGAGGUUGAUUUAGUUUUAUACUCUACGUGAUAUAUAUUGAAGAGAUUAAUGGAAUAAUUCAGAAAUUAUUGAAAGCAGACUGCUGAAAGAUGUUUUUGGAGACUCUGGAAUUUAUUGUAACACGUAUUUUUACUAGUUUUUAUUGAGUAGCAGUGCUGUAAUUCCCUACCCCACUUGGCAGGUUAGGGAAACAUAGUUGGAUUUGUUCUGGGUGGAGCGUUGGAGAAACAACAUUCUCGGGAGAUUCAAUAAGAACUUUUACUUGCAAACUUCAGAACAUUCCAAUUGAAGAAGGCACUUGGCAAACUUUGACUUAGCACCACACAGUGCCAUUACCAACUUAGCUAGUAGAUGGAUUUAGUGGGAAAGUUGUAAUUUUCGUGCCUAAAGAAUAAUUUUAAAUUUCAAUUUCCAAUAUGAUGCUACACUAAAAAAAAACCAAAGGUAUAAAGAAGGCUUGAGGAAAGCUGGGCACUUUCUAGCCCUUCAUGAGAUGACAACUAAUUUUCUCUGGCAACUAUGUCUUUGAGUUUUAAUUACACAUAUAUUGUCUUCAACCUCUUCCCUUAGAAGCUGAGGGGUGAAACCCGUCAUCCAUUGGUAUGUGGCAGCUGUUCAGGUUAACCCACGUUCUCCUGAGUUAGCGCCACUGAAGUAAACUGUUUACUCAUAAGAUUAGGAAUUGCCACUUGUGUUGUUUGGUGUGGUCUAGGUGGGUGCCAAAUCUCAGAGUUCACUUCCACACAGAAAAAGAUCACAGUUAUGUGCAUAAUAAAAUAACUAAUUUCCUGCAUUUUGCUUUCAUAUUUGCUUUCCUAGUUAGCUUUGCAAUUGUUCUAACACUUCAUCCAUUUACUUUUCAACCAGGUUUUGUAUGAUUAUAUUCUUUUUAAUUGCAAUCUUUUUUAACAGGAAGUCUUAUCCAGAAGAGUCUCAUUAACACAAAAAUAUAUUACAUCCUCUUUUGAAUCUUAAAUUGUCAAAAAAUACAUACAAUUAAAUUAAAUAAAUAGCUUAUGGUGACUCUGUUCUUGAUUUGCAGUCAUCAAUAGUCAGUCCCAAAAAUAGCAGGGUAACUGCCGAUUGAGUAAUUUUGAUCUACUUUUAUGAAAUGGUUUAUUACAUUCGUCAUUCUACGUUCUGAUUAGAGCAACCCACUAGCCUAUUUGCUUGAAGAUCUUAAAUUCUAAGUUUUGAUCUUUAGAGUAACACACAGUGCUUUCAUCUGA